AUCAUAUUAGUUACAGAUGGUACUUAUUUUGGGAUUCAGGUGCAGCCGGCAUACAAAGUUGAGUUAUAUUAAACAAACCUUAAACUUAAACUACUAUAUACUAUAUAGACAUUAAAAACAUAUCCAACUGACAGUAAAUGUCAACUUAGUCACCCAUUAAAAAGUAAGUGUAAGGAAUUAUUUAACUGAAGCCUUCAUUAAAAAUAAUUCCUAAUGAAUGAAUCUAGUAGUGAACUGACUUCCAAAACGACCGAGUCGUCAGAUGAAAUAAACGAUUCAUCGACAAACGAUGAAAACGACGGACCGAGGAAGCCUUUUGUCGUGCGUCACAUGAUUGGAGACAGGAACGCCGGUGGGAAAUUGCUUGUGAGCAACGUGCUGAAAACCUGGACUGAAGUCUCUAGGCUUAACUACCUUGACAGCCUCUCGGAAUGUAUGGUCGGAAGUGGAGUCAGCAGCUUAAAACAAAGUUUACCAACCCGUCGAUUAACGCUGCCUUGUCAGUUGCUCGAAGACAUACGGAGUCACCCAGAGGACAUACCUAUCGAAGCAUUCCCACAUAACGUGACACCAUUGAUGAACGAAGAACAACUCUGGGGCUGCUUCUACAACUUCCCUGAGCUAUACGAGGACACGUACUCGCCGUCGGUGCGCGUGCUCCGACUGUGCGACGUGGCCGAGCUGGUCGGCGGGGUCCUCACGAGAGACAUGGUCGCCGCCUGCCUCACCUACCUGCACCGUAUUCCGAUACUGGAAGACUACGUUUACAUCAAAUUGAACCUCACAGGAAAGCGAUUGCAAAAUAUUGACAUACUGCAACAUUAUAAGUAUUUGGUAUACUUGGAUUUAUCGUCGAAUCUGCUGUCAAACCUAAGUGUUCUGUCGCACCUUCUCUACCUGCAAUAUCUGUCCGUGGAUUUCAACAGACUGGAAACCGUAUUGGAGUAUAGCACACCGCAAUGGUUUCUCACAGAAGUUCAUUAUAAAUACAACUCAGUGAAAAAGAUAAGAGACCUAGCCAUGUUUUGGUCGAUUACUAUUUUAGACUUGUCUCACAACAACAUCAAAAGUAUAAGCGGUCUGCAAAGUUUAAGAUAUCUUCGUCAUCUAGAUUUAUCGUUUAACCACAUCCAGCGCUUGGAAAAUUUGAGCCAUCUACGAUUAUUGUGGAUGGAUGUGUCUUACAAUAACAUUUCGAGUUUCGAACUAGGAUCCAACGAGGGACUUUGGACGUUACUGCAACUUGAUUAUCUAAAUUUGAACGAAAAUAAUUUAAAGUCCAUGAAGAUAUUUUCGGGAUGUACGAGACUACGCGAACUCCACGCCCGCAACAACAGGCUCGGCUCGCUGCUUGAGCUGGCAGUUUACAUGCGCCAGCUGCGACGGCUCACCGUGCUCGAUCUUCGCGCCAACCCCAUCUGCGAGGCGCCCGGAUACGCGCACGUCAUAUGCGAUACCUUUCCGCUGCUCCUCAACCUGGACGCUACGGAUCUUGAUCCUGUCCUUCAAAGCCGAUUCAAAAUGGAUACGUGCCCGGACGUGAGCACGUUUGCGUCUCGCCGCCUGCUGCGGAUGCUGUACGUGGAACAGUUGUCUCGCGCCCGCGUGUCCGUGACACCGCCCGCGGACACGGAAGAAGUUCCCCUUGUCGUGCUGGUCGGAGAAGAAGCCGUUGGCAAAGGCUCUCUGGCGCGCCGACUUGCUACCGAAUGCGACUCGAAGAUAAAACUGGGCCGCCAGCACACAACAGCUGUUUUUCAUAACCCGGUAUUUAAGUAAAUAAUUGAUUUUUAUUUUUUUUAACGCUGCUUUUUCAUGCUUAAAGGCUCAGUUUCAUUGGUCGAUAAAUCGGUCGAUAUACAGAGUGCUGUGACUACGGGCAGGCGAUAUAACGUCUAAAAUCUCCGGCACCCCGCAUACGAGCCCUAUCGACCAAUAAACACAGUUUCGCUAAUGCAGAC